GGCCGGCUGCAACAUCAUCGCCCACAACCUGCACGCGAACGAGCAGACCGCCCUCGUGGACGCCAUGGUGCCCAGGGGCGAAGGUGGACUGCGUGAUCGGGGUGGCGAGGAUGAACAACGUCAGCUUGUCCACGGAGGCGCUGCAGACCAACAUCACCUAUUUCGUGAACCACAUCGCGGAGAGACCGUCGACGGCGUCGCGAACGAGCUCCAUGGGGCCCCCUCGCGCCCCGACACCGCCCCGCCGCCUCCUGCGUGGUUCCUCCCCUCCUCGGGCGGGGUGAGGGCGUGCGAGCGGGCAGACCGCCGAGGUGGGCGCGGGGGGGGGAAAGCUGCAGACUAGGGCUCCAC